AUGAGGUUGAAGAAAUACGCGGAGAACGCCCGGGGUCUCUUGAGAGAUGGUUCAACAUCCUAUAAAAUCCGCCAAAUUGCUAGAGGAACAUUGCCACCCAAAACUAUCGCUCUGAUCAAUAGGCUGGUCAGCGAGCAUAACAGUGAUCAAGACAAAGGCCAACGUCAGACUCUGCUAUUUUCGGCGACGAUGCCCAGAAAGAUACAGAACUUCGCAAAGAGCGCAUUGGUCUGGCCUGUGGUGUUGAAUGUAGGCCGCGCUGGAGCGGCAAACAUGAACGUCAGACAAGAAGUCGAGUACGUGCGGCAGGAGGAGAAAGUGGUGCACAUCUUGGAUUGUCUACAGAAAACAGCUCCUCCAGUACUGAUAUUUGCUGAGAAGAAAGAUGAUGUCGACAAAAUACACGAAUAUCUGUUACUGAAGGGCGUUGAAGCAGUCGCGAUCCAUGGUAGCAAAGCCGGGUUGAAGGACGUUCUUGUUGCCACGGAUGUUGCGUCCAAGGGUUUGGACUUUCCUGAUAUUCAGCACGUCAUUAAUUUCGACAUGCCGGACGACAUUGAAAACUAUGUUCAUCGCAUUGGCAGGACGGGUAGACAUAAAAAGAAUGGUGUUGCUACUACGUUUGUCAAUCGAUCUUGCGGUUAGUG